CUGUGAGAAGUUUCCUCUUCCUUGUCUGGGCUGGGGUGCUCUGGGCGGAGACACACAGACGGCUCUUCUGCAUGAGGGAAGUGACUGACAGGUGGCCAAGAGUCCUGUGCCCGGUAUCCUUGGCACUGCCCUCUUUUCUGGUGAUACAUACAGCGGUAUGUGUUGUUUACGUGUGUGAGAAGUUUGUCAGUACGGGGAAGACAUGGCUGAGGCGGACAUUUGUGAAGAGCCUGAGCUCGAUAUUCCGGACGAUGCCACGCUGCUACAAGUCGGUGAUGCCGCCCAAAACUUCGAGAGGUGCCAGACCCUGAGGAAGCUGAGCCACAUCAGGCUGUACAAGAAGAGGUGGCUAAUGCUGUUCGCUGUGUGUUUGCUCAACUCCUCCAACGCCAUGUUGUGGAUCAGCUUUGCUCCAGUAGCUGACUUGACUGCCAAGUACCUGAAGUGCUCUCUGGAUACUAUCAACUACUUGUCUCUUGUGUAUCUUGUAAUAUCGAUACCAUUUGGUUUUCUUGCAUCCUGGUUGCUGGAUACUCUAGGCAUGAAAUAUGCUAUCAUUAUCAGUUCCUGGUUGAACAUGACAGGUAGCAUAGUACGUACUGCCAGUUCUAUCCCAUUUAUGAAUCCUGGAAAAAGUAACCUGGUUUACCUGUUUGUGGGACAGAGUAUUUGUGCUGUGGCCCAGCCUCUUGUGCUCUUUGUUCCUGCCAAGCUUGCUGCUGUUUGGUUUCCAGAACAUCAACGUGCCACAGCAAAUAUGAUUGCCUCAAUGUCGAAUCCAUUUGGCAUAUUUCUAGCAAACAUACUGUCUCCAGUAAUUGUAUCUGAAGCUAAAGAUAUUCCAUUAUUACAUUGUGUCUAUGGCAUUCCUGCUGUAGUAGCCUGCAUCGUAGCAACAGGAGGAGUUACUCUAAAAGCUCCAUUGACACCGCCUUCAGUGAGUGCAGUUAAUUCUACAUCCGAGCCUUUCUUUGCUGGUUUAAAACAGCUUAUGAAAAAUAAAGCUUACAUAAUAUUAAUGAUUUGUUUUGGAAGUGGUCUCGGCAUUUUCACGGCAUUCUCUGCAUUUCUGGAACAAAUAAUGUGCUUCAAUGGCUAUUCAAAUUUUAUUGCAGGUUUAUGUGGCGCACUUUUCAUUGUAUUUGGGGCUAUUGGUGCCUUACUAUGUGGACUGUAUGUGGACCGGUCAAAGAAAUUUACAGAAACUGUAAAAAUAUGUUUCGCGUUGACAUCUUUGACUGUUAUAGCCUUUGCUGUGGUAUCCAAUUUAAAGAAAGUAGCACCUCUGCUGGCGGUUAUUUGUUCUUUGCUGGGAUUUUUUGGGUUUGCAAUUUAUCCAAUUGCUAUGGAACUAGCUGUGGAAUGUUCAUACCCAGUUGGUGAAGGCAGCUCAACAGGCUUGGCUUUUAUAUCUGGUCAGAUCCAAGGAUUAAUAUUCAUGAUUAUAUUCCAGUCGCUUACCAAGCCAUUCGCUGUUUCUCCGGAAUCCUCAUGUGGCAUGAAUCAGAUUGAAAUAUACGACUGGUCAACUGCUACUUUAGUAAUGGCGGGAAUCUGUAGUAUUGGAGCCUGCAUUUUUAUCAUCUUUUUUCAUACGGAUUAUAAAAGGUUAAAAGCAGAAGAAGCAGUUGAAAGAAGAAAAGAAGAAGAUGAACUUAUCCUUCCAUAACCAGUGAGAUAAUUUUAUAUAGACUGCUAAAAAUGUAAGCAAACCCGAAUGGCUGGUGAGGUCCUGACGUUUGACACUUUAGUGGAUGAAAAUAUUUUUAAUAAGAAGCAUUAAUUUAUUUUUUGGGGGAGGGGACAUUUUAUUUAAAUAAACCCUCUCUGGGAGACUUGAAGCUGUGAUUGUUUGAUCAUAUACAUAAAAACGGCCAAAAAACGCCAUAUCUGCCGCACAGUGUUUUUUCAGGGAAAAAACACUGCAGCCAGAAGUUAGCUGCAAGUCCAUAUUGCAUUGCAAAAUGCUAUAUUAACUUGGCAUUUUUUUGUUUGGCGUUUUUCACUUUGUUUAGUAUUUUUCUACCUUUUUGGGCUCAGUGGGCGAUUUUAAAAAUUACCAGCAUGUUGAGACUAUGGCUUUUUUUUCUGGAAAAUCUUGUUUUUUUUCUCCCAUAGAAGUCUAUGGGAGUGAAAAAAACGCCAUGUGGGUUUUAACAUUGGCAUUUUUCCUGACUUUUUUCAUCUUUUUUUGCACUUAGAUCACAAAAAGGUAUGUAGAAAGGACUCUUUAAAAAAUUUUGUUAGGUACCACGAGAAAAAAGAUGUGGUACCUGACAAAUAUAGGGAAAUUAAGGGAACUAAUUAAAGAUGUUUAAGGAAGAUGAGAAGGAUUUUUGCCAGCGGGCAGGGGACUGAAAGAGUCGUGCGUCCGGGAACAAGAACAGAAGAGGGGUAAGAUUAUGGCUUUCAUUUUAUACGUUUAUUGUAUAAUGUUUUAAUUAUAAAUAUUGUUAGGUGACAAAUGUAUUUUUAGCAUAUUAAAGGAGUUCUGUAGAGGAAUAUACUAAAUAUACUAAAUGAUCAUGAUACUUACCAAGUGCUGUC